AUGCGAGGAUGCCUGCACGUGCUCCGAUGGCUGAGCACAUCGAACUCACCGCGCCAGCUGUCGACUGGGCUGCUCUGGCGAGGGAUUCCUGUUAACCACACAGCAUCGACCCUACGACUACGCACGUUUACAGGUACAUUCACACAACGCGCCCCAGCGUCGUCGAAAGCGGCCUCGGAUCUCGAGAAGCGAGUCGCCGCUAUCCCCAUCGAACGGUUCCGCAAUUUCUGUAUUGUCGCCCACGUCGACCAUGGCAAGAGCACACUAUCGGACCGGUUAUUGGAACUCACCGGCGUUAUCGAGCCCGGUUCAAACAAGCAAGUGCUCGACAAGCUAGACGUGGAGCGCGAGCGCGGAAUCACAGUUAAGGCGCAGACGUGUACGAUGCUGUAUAAUCAUAACGGAGAGGAUUAUCUACUGCACCUAGUCGACACCCCAGGCCAUGUCGACUUCCGUGCUGAGGUGUCACGCAGUUAUGCGAGCUGUGGAGGGGCGCUGAUUCUAGUGGAUGCUAGCCAAGGGGUGCAGGCGCAGACGGUCGCCAAUUUCUAUCUGGCAUUUGCUCAAGGAUUAGAGCUGAUACCGGUUAUUAAUAAGGUGGAUUUGCCGUCUGCGGACCCGGAACGGGCGCUCGAGCAGAUGCAGAGUACGUUUGAAAUUGACACGGAUGAUGCGGUUAGAGUGUCUGCAAAGACGGGGCUGAAUGUUGCUGGGCUACUGCCAGCGGUGAUUGAGAAAAUACCAGCACCUGUCGGUGAUCAUACCAAGCCCCUUCGCAUGCUGCUUGUCGAUUCGUGGUACUCAACCUACAAAGGCGUUAUUCUUCUGGUGAGGGUGUUCGAUGGCGAGAUCCGCUCUGGGGACCAGGUAGUUUCUUUUGCUACGGGACUGAAAUACUUCGUUGGCGAGGUGGGGAUCAUGUAUCCGGAUCAAACGCCGCAGUCCGUUCUUCGAGCGGGACAGGUCGGAUACAUCUAUUUCAACCCUGGCAUGAAACGAAGCAAGGAAGCGAAGAUUGGUGACACGUAUACGAAAGUUGGUUUUGAAAAGAAAGUGGAGCCGCUGCCGGGGUUCGAAGAGCCCAAGGCGAUGGUCUUUGUCGCUGCGUAUCCUAGCGACGCUGACCACUUUGAGCAUCUGGAAGACAGUGUAAAUCAACUGAUGCUAAAUGAUCGGAGUAUUACUGUUCAGAAGGAAUCUUCUGAAGCGCUCGGUGCGGGAUUCAGGUUAGGUUUUCUGGGCACGCUGCACUGCUCCGUAUUUGAAGACCGGCUGCGACACGAACACGGCGCCAGUAUCCUCAUCACCCCGCCGACGGUUCCUGUGAAAGUGAUCUACAAAGAUGGCAAAGAAGUCACAAUCACCAACCCCGCACACUUCCCCGACGAGGACGAUGUGCGGAUGAAAGUAGAAGAAAUCCGCGAGCCGUACGUGCUCGCGACACUAACGUUUCCGGAUGAGUAUCUCGGCAAAGUGAUUGAACUGUGCGAGGUGAACCGGGGCAUCCAGCAGAGUCUCGAAUAUUUUACUUCGUCGCAAGUGAUUCUCAAAUACGAGCUGCCUCUCGGCCAGCUCGUGGAAGACUUUUUCGGCAAACUCAAGGGAUCCACCAAAGGCUACGCGACACUCGACUACGAAGACGCCGGGUGGAAAGCCAGCAAGAUCGUGAAGCUGCAGCUGCUAGUGAACAAGAAGGCGGUGGACGCUGUCUCCCGCAUCGUGCACGCCAGCCAGGUCGAGCGGUUGGGCAAGCAAUGGGUGGCCAAGUUCAAGGAGCACGUCGACCGGCAGAUGUUCGAGAUCAUCAUCCAGGCGGCGGUGGGCAGACGAAUUGUCGCACGCGAGACAAUCAAGCCGUACCGCAAGGAUGUGCUGGCCAAGCUGCACGCCAGCGAUGUGACACGGCGGCGCAAGCUGCUGGAGAAGCAGAAAGAAGGACGCAAGCGAUUGAACGCGGUGGGCAAUGUGGUGAUUGACCAUAGCGCGUUUCAGGCAUUUCUGUCGAAGUAG